AUUAGUGAGAAGCAACACUAUACUACUACGAAUGUCAGAGUGUCAGUUCGUAAUGGCCACACAAACAUGUAUCAAGGGAGAGGAAUUCGUACGGGGAGGUCCCUGAGAAGACGACAUGAAAACGAAGAGGAUAAUAUCGUGUUUGCCUUAGAGCGAGGUGUGUCAGGAGUUGUUCGAGAGGUACUGGGAGUUGUGUGUCGACAGGAUGGCAUCCCCAAAGGCCGUCGCCUCAGUUACCUCAAUGCAGCUGUCAGGUCAAUAUCUAAGAUUACAUCAUCGAACCAGUCAAAAAAGUCUUCAUACUCAGGAGAAGAGAAAAAGAUGUUUGAUGACAUGGUGUCCUCCAAUGAGAAGAGCACCUCACCACAACCACAAGUUGACUUUGGUGAGGAGGUCAUCACCAAGGAACAAUACUUCUGCCUGUUACGGUGCUGUCUAGUCCAUGAAGGAAAGGAGGUACGUGCAGGUGGCCUCCGACUCUUACGUUACCUCAUCCAGACACCAGAGGAUGUGCAGGCUCUCAUAACAGUGAACACCGUACCUCUUAUUAUUCGGUGUAUGGACAUCAUGCUUGAUAAUCAAAUAGAACGUGUUCAAAGUCUGAGGUUGGCUCGUCGGAUGCUGCAGGUAGCACCCAGUCUCUUCCCAGUGUCCCUGGCUCGCUGCCUUAUAGCCAUUGCUCGUGAUGGAGCUAAGGAGAGAGACAGACUUCUUAGAUCUGCUCUUGCUACGCUUAAUGAAAUGGCUGUGCUCAAUACUGCCGUGUUUGUGGAGUGUGGUGGGGUUGGCGUCCUACUCCAUAACAUCUUGGAUUGUGCGAUGCCACGUAUCAAUGAAGCUCUUCUGGGUGCUAUCCUCUACCUCCUCAACACACCUGAGUGGCGGCCACACUGUGCUCAACUACAUCAGAUCCUCGCCCCGUUCUCUGACUUUCACUAUAAACAUACAAGCUAUGAUCUUGAGUACUACAGUAAGAGCGAGGAGCGUGAUCUGCGGACACAGGCAGGAAAGUUGGCAGUGUUGGUGUGCCUCAGGUCUUGGUCUGGGUUGGUGUCGCUCUGUCAACCAGACACAGCUGCUCUCAGAUCCCUCAUAGCAUUACUGUAUCCCAACCAUGAAGACACCAGGAAAACAAUAAUAGAGUUGCUGUACGAGUUGUUCAGAGUGCCGUUUGUGAACUGGGUUGGUGACUAUGAAGAGGCUCUCGCUCAACACGGGUCUGUCUCUUCCUCGGACACAGACACCUGGCGACUCCAUGAAAGUUUUGUAGCAGCAGAGGCACGAGCAGUUUUACCUCAUAUUGCAAAAUAUAGAGCAAACCUUAUCCAGAACCACUUGGCAUUGGUGCUGUAUACAUUAAUAUGUGUUGACCUCUUCCCUGCCCUAUGUGAAGUAAUUGUUACCAGCUCAGCACCUGUGUCUGUUAAGACCACAAUAUUGUUGGGUGAAUUACUCCACCAAGCUAACCAGAACUUGCCUGGGGAAUGUGGCUCCCUAUCACAUUCACUUCCCAUUCUACUGGAGCGAGCAGCUGGUAAUGAUCCUAACCAGCGCAUGCGAGCCACCCAGGCCAUCACAGCUUUGUUAAUGUUGGCUCGCUCCCAGCUCAACUCCCACGGACAACCCAUGUCUCUAUAUCUAGCUCACAUUAUCCGUUGCUCGCCCAAGGCCAAGGAACGCAUUCCCAAGGUGUACAAUGCCUCAUCAAGUGCCAAACUUAGUAAGUGGUUGGGAAAAGACCAUGAUGAACUAAUCCAGCAAACCUUGAAAGAGUCAGAUGUGCUCAUCUCUGGACGAGACCCUCACACAUGGAAGUGGGACCUCAUCAUUCCUGUACUCAGAUGGCCUUCAUUAUCCUUGCAACGGUUGGAUGAUAGCAGCUACAGGCUCUUCAUAAAGAGGGUCCUGCAUUUUUACAAGCCAAGUGCAGGGCUCUUUGCCAAUGUUGAACUUACUCAUAAUCUUUCCCAAGUGUUUGCUCAAGGCCUACUGCACUUCUGUGACUUUCUCCUGGGAGCAGCUGAGGAUGACUGCAGUAAAUACUUUGAAGAAUUGUUAGUGGACGUGAGUAUGAACCUGUCCUAUGUUGUGUGUGAACGUCCACCCCAUGAUGCAGUUCUCUCACCGUCGCGCCUUAACACCACCACUGCACAAUAUUACUUUCUUGCUCUGGGUAGACUCUCUCACUCACAGCGCGGAUACGACAUGCUUCUGAAAGCUGGCAUCUUUGAACAAUUACAGGAGCUUGUGAGUGUGUCCAAUAGUGAUAUGUAUGCCAAACUUGUCUCUACUUGUUUAGACUACUCUAUUAAUGGACUCAACAGGGCGAUUUUGACCAAGAUUUUAACCGGCUGCCAAGAAUCGGCUCGUGUGUACGCCACUCAGUUCCUCCGAGCGCUGGUUCGAGUGGGUGCUGAUGACUUUGCCCGUUGGGGAGUAGAGUUGCUGGUAGCCCAGUUGUAUGAUGAGAGCCGCAUCGUGUCCUUAGCAGCUUUGGAUGUUCUGGAGGAGGCUUGUGAUAAUGAGGAGUACCUGGAAGCCAUUUUGUGUGCUCCGCCAUCCGUCCUGCACUUGGGAGACCGUGGACAGCUGCUCAUGGCCAAGUUGGUAUCAUCACCAAGAGGUUUUCGGGCAUACCGCGAUGCCAACUUUAUUAACACCUUGUUGCAGAAGUGGUCCACAACAUACAAUUAUAAGUAUGUGAAGCUGAUGCAGACAGCUGUUAAUGAUUCAGUCACUCAACAUCAGCGAGGGGAAGAUGGUGCUUAUGGACGACGCACUGGCAGCAAACACGUCGUUCAUGAUGUUUUCCUCCUGCCUCACCUGUAUGGAUCACUAACACAGCACAAGGAAGGAUUCUCCAUUCUUAUGCAACAUGAUGCUGUGAGGAAUAUGGUCCAGAUUAUCAAAGCUGGUGCUGUAUCCAAUCCACGAGAGAUCUUCCAGCUUAAGGUUGCAAUAUGGGCCAUGGGUCAUGUAGGACUGAGUAGUGAUGGAGCAGGUUUCUUGAGCUGUGAGGGAGUGUUGCCAGUGCUCACCCACCUUGCUGCUACCUGCCCUGUGUACUCAGUUCGGGGGACGUGCUUCCAUGCUCUGUGUCUUGUGGCUACCACUAAGGACGGGUCUAAUCUCCUCAGGAAAUAUGGCUGGGAGUGUGUGCAGCGACAUCAUCAUGAACGGUGGCAGUUUGUGGAGGAAACGUUGGAUGUGUGGUCAGCAGCAGCCAAUCAGGGCCAGGAUGAAAACUACAUUAAUAUAGGUGGACACCAAAUUUCAGAAAGUGAUAUGGAUGACUUUGAAUUGUCGAAGCCCGGAUUCUAUGUUGGAGAUGACUCUGAAGACGGCAGUGAUGGUGGAUCACUCUUAGUUGAAGGUAUUGGGUUGGACGACUCAUAUCCAACUUCAGGCAAAAGUCAGACUCUGCCACAUAAGUCUAAGCCUCCAACUACAAUGGGCCACCAGCGCAGUCUUUCUGACUGUGCACCAGUGAUGGAGGAGUUGACAUCAUCAGACCCACCACAGAUGUUACCCUCACAGGAUGACCUCACCUUAGGAAAAAGAUCAUCACUACGCCUCAGCAAACUCUUGGCUAGUGUGCGUAGAAAGUCAGAACGGCGUCGGGAGUCUACCAGCAGUCGUGCCAGUAACUCUUCUACAGCUUCUGACCGAAUGACUGAUCGCAUGGCAGCAUUCCUGCAGUCUGCUCGACGUAUCCGAGGGAUCAGUUCCAGGAGCCACUCAUUGACAGACCCUAUGGGUUCAGAUGAUGAAGCAGGAGAUCAACGUUACACUUUGAGCUCAGAUUCACUAUCAGACCCAGCACAGGAUAUGGAAUUCUCUGCUGCUGAGUUGCCCCAUGAUGGCCUUGACAUAUCAAGAGACAGUUCUCAGGCAGAGAAUUCGAAUUUCCUAACUGUCAAGCCACAGCUGGAGUGUCGCUUGAGUCCUAUUGCAAGUGGAGCAUCAAUAGCCACACUUGGAUCACAAUCAAUUGCUGAUGGUGGGGUGGAGUUGAGGCGAGGAGGACGAGGUGGUUCCAUUCGAGGCUCAAGCGGAGCUCUCUUUGCUGAAGAUACUAUAGACAGAGCUGCAGGCAGCUCGACUCCUAUUCUGUUAGGAUCUGCAGCUAUAACAGGCCAGCCAUUGUCUACUCAGAGCUACCUCACACUACGCUCCAUCACCAACCAUCGUAGGGUUGUGUCAGAAUCGAGCCAAGAAGAGAAAACCACACGAAAUUCACUUAAGGGCUUUCUCUCUUCUAGUUAUGAGCAUAGUGGAACAUAUUUGAUGCGCAAUUUACUGGAUGUACGGGGAAUGGUGCGAUCUCCCUCAGGCUGCAGUGAGGUGUCGUCUGUACGUUCCGCUGGUGUUCGGGGUAGUGGACCAGGUGGCAGCAGUAGUAGAGGGCUUGGGAGUCAGGCUCUUAGUAGUAUGACUCAUCAUCAGUCUGGCCAAUGCUUUUUAGGAUUUGCCUUGCCACUCGACCUAGACUUACUACUGUACGAUGAUUUAUAUAACAAAAAUAUACAGCAGCAAGAAGGGGGAGACCGUGCAAAUGCUAUAAGCACAAGCAAUGGCAUCUCUGGCAAGGAUAGAUUUCCUGCAAUCACAGAAUCUGAGCUAGAAACUCAAUCUGAGGAGAAUAUCUCGAGAAUUAAAACAAACGGUGUGAGUAAUGGAAGGAGAAAAAUUAGUGUUGACAAGGCCCCAGGGUUGGAGAGCGAAGGGACUGGCUUGGAACUUCACACUCCACAGACAUGCCUGGCUUGUUUCUCCAUCGCCCCGCCCUCCACACACUCCAGCCCCUUGCAUAAGUGUGAGAGUAACGGGCAGGUGACUGAGAGCUUAGUGGUAGAGUCUCCUCCCCUGCAGCGGGUCAAGGCCAUGUCUGAGGUGUCAGAAGCAUCAGAAUCUUCUAGUGUCAACAGCCAAGGUUGGGAUGACUUGGGUGAAGGAAAGUCUGGGCCAGAGCGAGUCAACCAGACCCUGCUCAGGAAGGAGAUAUUACGCUUCAUAACCAACCUCUUGUCUUCCAUAGCUGCCAGAUCCUCAGAAUCAGGAUUACUCACAUUGAAGCAGCGUUGGCCUCACGCAUUCCGUGACUCUUGCCUCUACUCGGAGAUUUGCCUGAUCCUCUCCUCAUACAAUUAUCGCUUAACAGCUCGUCGCUUUAUACAGGAACUCUUCAUGGAUCAGACUUUCGCUGAGAUAUACACCGAAGCAAACCGUCUACUGAACAAUCAGCUGGAGGGGCUGUGUGAGACAGUGAAUCCUGUUGUUCACCAGACCCCGGCUUCUGUGCAUGCCUUCACCCUCCAGGCUCCCACAAUGGCUGACAUUGCUGAGGUAACAUUGUCUGAUAAAUCAGAUAAGGAAGAAGAUUGUUAGUUCUCUUGCAGCCUAUUGUAAUGAUAAUAAUUAACUUUAUUCUGGUCAUCUUGAAAGCACAAAUCUAUGUUCCUUUAAGGACCCUUAACUACAACUUUAUGAAGUGCCACUAGCAAAGCAUCAUUUUAGCAUUCUUAAAGAAAUUUGCAUCUAAUUAUAAUGAUAUUUUUGUGUGGUUUGCAGAUCAAUACUUCAUUAAAAAAGUUUGAUACAAUACAAAGUAGAUGCAUCAGUAUAUGAUAGGGUUUUGUUAAUUGGCAUUUCAUGUGGUUGUGUUGUGUCCUAGUCCCACCACCGAUGUUUCUAGUUCCCUUUGAGAAGAAAUUAAGUUAAGUAUUCAUUAGACUGGCAGUGGCUCAGGUAUUCAGUUACAAAAGUGUGCUAAUUGUCUUCAGACCGAUUUUAGAUGCUCAUCAGGGUUAGAAAGAAUUUACUGGUAUUUGAAAAGAGGGCAAACAUUUGGGCCAUUUUCACCAACUGUAAGGCACUGAGUUGCCUGUAGUAAUGAUGCUAGUCCAGAUCAUGUGUAAAGUGCUCAGUAACUAGCCACCAUCUCUUUGAUCAACUUUGUAUUGUGUUGUAAUAGUGUACUUGGAGCCAUCCCAUUGUCUUUUGGUUGGGAUGCUACUCUGCAGCCUGGAACCUCUGUGUCAUCCUUUGAAGUGUUAAAGUGAAAUGAUGCAGUGCUGUACCUGGCAUAAAUAAAAUUGGUCUCUCUGCAUUGUAGUAUCCCAGACUAGGUAAUUCCCUUUUUAUUAUUUCAUGGUUAUUAUCCCAUACAGUAGGACUUUGCCUGUAGCGCUCAAAAUGUGACCAAGUCUUCAGUACUUGGUUUUGAUAACGAAAAGAAAACAAAACACAUACGUGGCUUAAUUUAUAGAGGAGGGAGAAGUAGCAGUUUCAUAACGACUUCAGUUGUAUAAUGUUUGUAUUUAAAAAAAGUUGAUGCAUCCUUCAUAACUCAGUGCCUAGAUGAUUGACUGAUUGGUUGGUUUAGUAAGAACAGAGGUAAUAAUAGGUAGAUGGAUCACCAGUAGGUGCUCUUUUUAUGCUAGAGAGGAAAGGAUAAACUACUUUAUCUACUGUUAAAGAAGGUUGUGUCUGUGUUGGCAUUCCAGGUUAUAAAUUGAGCAAGAUUUUGAAACCUGUAAAUUCCAUAUUUUAUGAAAGACAUAUUUUGUAUAAAUAUGUAUUGUAUAGUAUUGUUUGACCAUGAAGAUGAAAUAAUUCUUAACAAAGUAAUGGAUGUACAGAAUACUUAUGAUAAUUGAUAUACUGUAUACUGUAUGUAUAGUUUUUUUCUUUAUUAUUUAUUAUUAUAUAUAGAUUUUUUUCUUUUUUGCUCAAUAUAUGACAGACAUGAGUAAGAUUUAACUACAUUUGGCCCCUGACAUUGACUAAACCAAAGAAUGUCUGUUUAGACAUGGUGUUGUGCCUUGGUUGAAGUAAUUGACAGAGCUGCUGAAUUAUUAACUUUGAUAGUUUGACUGUAGAAGUGAAGUAUGGUAAUAACUGAAUUAUUUAUUCGAAUACAAAGUCUGCCGACAAGCCAAAGCUAUCCUGUUGCCAUUGUUUUAAUUUUAAGUAAUGUGAGUACUCCAUUUAUUGUUUUAUUUAACGAUGUACCAGUGAGCUGUUACAUACAAAUAGUUUGACUAAUCAACUACAGCAAUAAGAACAACAGUUGUAGGCCCCAAUUUCAUAGUGCCACUUGAGUGAGGCUUAGUUAAUUACCUCUAAAGCCAAGUAUAGUUUUUACUUGUAUUUAGACUGUACUAAUUGGACAGAAUAGUCAUAUAAAUAUUACUGACUCUUCACCAAAUUGCCUUACUGCAUAUUAGCUAAUGCACAAACCAGAUAUAUUGUAAUGUACUGUAGCUUUGAUGCUGUAUCCUCAUGGUAGAUUGCUUCUAUUUGUAAGAAUCCUAUGCUGAUUCAUUAUUUUGAUAUGGUUAAUUGGACUUCUGCAUUCCUCUUGAACAUAGGAUCUGAUGAUGCUUUUUUGUGUAUUGCCAUUAAAAUGUACAUAAACUAGUGUACGUACAACAGGUUUCCUGAUCUGUAGCCACUGAUAUUAAGGCUUUGUCCUGAGCUAAGUUGACUUGGCAGAGGGAAAAUUAUUCUAAUAGCCAAUGAGGUGUCUUGGUCGGUUUGUUUAGUCCCAAAUUUAAAACCUGCAAUUUGAACUUACUAGAAGACCAUCCCAAAGUAGGACAAUGGGUUACUUGUGGUUAUGUACAGUCAUGGAAAAAAGUUUGCUCCCCACAGUGAAACUGGGUUACGGGAAUGAGUCUCCGAACUGACGUCCCCUGACUUUUUCAUAUCAUUUGAGGUCAAUCGAUGCUGUUUCAUUUUGGGCGAGGGCAAAAUUUGGCCCCGACUGUACCUGCAAAUGCAUCCAGAUAUUCAGUAGUGUUUAUCAUUACCAGUCUCAUGUGACAUUGUAGAGCUAUACAGUUCUCCAGAUAUUCGGUAUUUUUGUGUAUGAAAACACUUACAAUGACCUGGUAUUUCUGUUUUGUUGUUUUAGUUACCUUGUAGAAAACCAGUGCAGGUAAAUACAUUAUGCACAGAGGGUCCAGUCCACAAGUUUUCAGUCUCCAUUUAAUAUUUUUAUUGAUGGGUUUUCUAUGAAAACCCAUCAAUAAAAAUCUUACACUUUGUAGUUUAACUCUUGAUUUUAAAACUCCCCUGCCAAGUAAUUGAAAAUGAUGGAUAUUUUAGACAUUUUUCCACUUCUGGUACAGGUAUUUAAAAUCUCUUGAACUGUAGUCUUCAUUGUGUGGUAAUAAACCCCAAGUAAUGUAAUGUUUUGCUGUCCCAGCAUGCAUUGGACACUGUACAUUUCUUAUACAUUUGUGCCAUAGCCAGUGUUACCGCUCAGGUUGCCACCUGCAAUGACAUAGCUGCACUCAAUUAAAAGAAAGUUCAUUAGAUUUUUUUAAUUUUCACAUUAUUAUUAAUUUUACAGUUCAACUGAACAUUUCCCCCCAAUCACCAUUUUAUGACCAUUCUACAAGCUUGCAUAGGUUUGCCAUGAUUACCUGGUGCCAUGAUGAUCUGGCUGCCAUCAGGCAAAUUUGAAGCAAGUUAUACUAUAUUCCUGUCCUUUUGCCAGCCCACUUUUACAGAGUGGGAACUGGGCAUUAUAUGUAGAAUUUCCAAGCAUCCUGUUAACUGGCAAGGCAGGAUUGCUACUCCCUGAGGUAAUCAAACAUUACCUAAAUUCUUAUAAUGACCAGGAAG